UUGAGGCAAACGGUUCAUUAGCUGGCGGAUCACUGCGGUUCGGUUCGGUUUGGUUUGGGCCAAAAGUGCAUUUCCUAACAACAUUGGCAUUGGCCGGACAGCGGAAGCCCCUGGGUCUGGUCAUCUGCUUUGUUUUACUUCAUUUAUUUCGUGUCGCGCCGCCUCGCAUCGGUUGAUGAAAUUCGGCUUCUUAUUGUUAUUGGUGCGCUGGCGUUGCAUUUGAUUGCCGAUCACUCCGAGUGACGAAAGUGCCAAGAGUCUCUCAAAGACAAUUAAUUAGAGGGUGCAUUACGACCGCCGAUUCGAUAUGGUACAUCCCACGAUGAUGCUACACAUCGUGAUUUUAGCCGCGAUUUUAACGGCUGCGCAAUGUUUUCAAUUGAACAUGACGCAGUUCUAUGAGAUGCCGCCGCUGUACGACUUGGAUGACUACGAUCGAUGCCUCCAGGAGUUCGAUGGACAGUCCUCCACAUAUUGUUUCGUCCGUGCCGAAGUCCAGCCGGAUGAAUCGGUGGCCGCUUGGAGGGCAAUUGCCGAGAUUUCGCGGUACGACCGCCACCACUUUGAUCACAAACAACUCUACUUUGGCCUCUGCCUUCGCGAAUGCGAGGCUUCGCUGGCCGGAUUGGACGAAAGCGAAGUGGAAGCCCUGCAAGCCGGCUUGCUCACGGAAAAUGCAAAGGUGAACGUGUAUCUCGACUUGUUCUCGAUGGAAGCCAACAAUCGCCAACGGCACCAGCGAUUGACGAAUGCCUGCCUUAAUUGGCGGCUGCAGCGUCGUGGAUUCGGGGUGCUGGCUAAAAGCGUGGUGGAGUACUGCGAUGGAGCGGGUCAUCAAGUGGAAGAAGAUGCAUGGAAUCUGACAUUUUAUGGAAUACUGGGCGGCCUAUUGGUACUGGCUUGCCUGGGAAGCCUAGUGGAUCUCCACCUGAAGCGAGGACGACAUGACAAGAUGCUCAAGGAGCGAGAUCACUACAAAACGCCGCCCAAAAGCACCACUCAACAGGUGCUGCUCACUUUUUCGGUGGCUCGCAAUUGGUAUCGCCUUAAUCAGGAGCCAAGUGGCAAGAUUGGGAGGGAGUUGCGCUUCCUCGAUUGCUUCAAGUUCUUUGCCAUGUUUAUGGUGAUCUUCGCUCAUACCAACUGGGUUAUUUACGAGAGUGCUAUUAGCAAUCCGCAGGAUCCGGAGCGCCUUCUCCACACUGCAGCGGGCACUUUACUAGUUUCUGGAUCCCUAAUCACUGUCACCUUUUUUGUGAUCAGUGGGCUGCUGUUGACCAUAAAUUGGCUGUCGGUUUCCCGUGCCCUCGAAUCCAAAAAGGACAAAUGGAGCUUUGCCCAAUAUGCUCAGCUUUUUGUUAAGUUUAACGCAUUUCGAUAUGUUCGGUUGACUGUUCCGUAUGCUUUUGUUCUGCUCAUGAGCGGAGUCUACUUCGAGAAUGCUGGCGGUCCUUUGUGGCGACACAUAUUUGAAAGGGAGCAACUGGCUUGCCGGCGCAACUGGUGGACGAAUCUACUGUACAUCAACAACAUGGUGCGCACGGAUGAGCGGUGCCUGCUUCAAGGUUGGUAUUUGGCAGCGGACACUCAUUCGUUUGUGCUUAGCUUGGUCCUGCUGAUGUUGGGUCACAGGUUCGCCAGGUGGAGCAAACACCUUUAUGCUGGCAUCUUAGCUAUUUUUGUGGCACUGCCAGUGGUGCUCACAUAUGUUAUGGACUAUUAUCCUAUUUUUGUGCCAACGCCUCAAACCCAAAAGGAUUCGUUCAUAGGAGACCGCCAGUUUACCGAGUUCUACACUUCUUCUUGGAUGAACUUCGGUUGCUACUUCUGUGGAGUUUUGGCCGCUUUGGCCAACGAUCAGCUGAGCUUAAAGCAAUACAAGUUGCGGGAGCUGAAGAGCUUCCAGUUGCUUUGGUUUACCCUCAUCCCGGUGGGAAUUAUGUGGCUGUUUAGCGCACAUCCCAUCUUCCAGCACUACUACGUGUCUCCCUCAGCCAUUUGGGGUGCCUUAUAUGCCGGCUUACAGAGGAAUAUCUGGGCCUUUGGCUUGGGCAUCUUUAUUGUGGGCAUGGCCAGCAAAGUGGGAUGGAUCUUCCGUAAAUUCGCUUGCCUGCCCAUUUUCCGCAUUUUGGGACGCCUUACAUAUGGAGCAUUUAUUGUCCAUCUUUUGGUGGCAAGAAUUGUCUUGGCCACAGUGCGUGAGCCCAUAUAUUUCGGCACUGGCAUGAUGUUUGCCUUCAUCUUCUUUACGAUGACCAUGUCCUAUCUGUGCUCCUUCCUGCUGACAAUCUUUUUGGAGCUGCCCGUCUCCUCCUUUCUUAAGCUUGUGCGAUAGUCCAAUAACUUAACUUAUAGAUUACUUAUAACUAGAAUAAAAACAUAACUUAAUUGAAUAAACUACCAAAAGAGUGCACUUA